UAUGGUCACGUGUGGUUCAGCUGUUUACAGUAGCAGGAAGAGUCUACCGUGCUAUCAAAAUCACAAAAACAUCAUUGGAAUUAUAAGUGGAGACGUGAAUCAAAUGAACAAUGUUCCAUUUCAACUAAACGGUGUGUUUGUUAGGCAUCAGAUGCGCCAUGCAGCCCCUCAGAGAAGCUGAGCUGGGGGCCUCCACCUUCUUUGCCUCUCCUCUUCCUCAUGAUGUGUGCGGGAGCAAUGGUCUUCCUCUAACGCCCAACUCCAUCAAGAUACUGGGGCGCUUCCAGAUCCUCAAGACCAUCACCCAUCCCAGACUGUGCCAAUAUGUGGACAUCACCAGAGGAAAGCACGAACGGCUGGUUAUUGUGGCCGAGCACUAUGAGAAAAGCCUGAAGGAUCUGCUGAAGCAAGGGAAACCAGUCAGUUUAGAGAAGGUGCUACAUAUUGCCUAUGAAGUUCUGGAAGGUUUGGAGUUCAUGAAUAAACACAGAAUGGUGCACCGUGCCCUGGCCCCCCACAACGUGCUCCUGGAUCGUGAGGGUAAAGUGAAGUUGGCCAAAUUCGGACUGUAUCACAUGACUGACCACGGAGCAGAUGUGGACUUCCCCAUUGGGUAUCCAUCUUACCUGCCUCCAGAGGUGAUUGCUCAAGGCUGUUUCUAUUCCAGUGACCCCUCCAUCACUGAGGCCCCUCUUCCUUCAGGGCCCAAAACAGACGUUUGGUCUCUCGGGGUUCUUCUGUUUGAACUCUGUGUGGGAAGGCAGAUUCUACAGAACAUUGAUAUUACUGAGAGAAUGAAAUUCAUCAUCACCUUAGGAUGCAUGGAUGACAUAAUCACUGUUCUGGCAGAGGAACAUGGGUGCUUGGAUACAAUUACGGAACUGCCUGAAAAUGUGCAGGAUUUAUUGAGGAAAUGCCUGACGUUUCUCCCUUCAAAAAGGCCCACCCCUGCUGAGCUUCUGGGGGACUCUGUUUUCGAGAGCAUUUCUUCCCAGUAUAUACCCUAUGACAGCCCUGUGUGUCUGUUUUCCGCCUCCCCCCGCUGUGCACAUUUGGAGCUUCCUGAGGACCUCAGUGAACUCUGGAAAGAUGAUUGUGAGAACUACCUGUCUGAGAGAGCUAUAGAUGAGGUGUAUCACCUUUGGUGUCUGGCGGGAGGAGACCUGGAGAAAGAACUGACCAAUCAAGAGAUCAUCCAAUCCAAACCUCCAGUCUGCACACUUCCCAAGUUCAUUUUGGAGGAUGGUGAAUCUUUUGGUCAACGGAAAGACCGAAGUUUCCUCCUGGACGAUACGAUUGUGACACUUUCCCUAUAUCAGCUCAAAAAUAGACUGAAGGAUGUGGCUGGAGAGACAUACUACCCAUUAUUAGAUAAUGACCAAUCCGGUCUGCCACAGUCGAACAGCAGUAAUGAACUGUCAUCCACUGUCACACUGCCGCUCAUUAUCCGAGAGAGAGACACCGAGUACCAGCUCACACGCAUUGUUCUCUUCGACAGACUGCUCAAGGCGUACCCAUACAAGAAGAUUCAGAUUUGGAAGGAGGCGAGAGUGGAUGUCCCUCCACUUCUCAGAGGUCUGGCUUGGGCUGCUUUACUGGGAGUUGAGGGAGAUAUCCAAUCAAAAUACGACAGCAUCGAUAAGGACACGUCCAUCCCCACUGACAGACAGAUCGAAGUGGAUAUCCCUCGCUGUCAUCAGUACGAUGAGCUGCUGUCUUCACCUCAGGGUCACAUCAAGUUCAGACGGGUCUUGAAGGCCUGGGUGGUGUCUCAUCCUGACCUGGUCUACUGGCAAGGAUUGGAUUCACUUUGUGCACCUUUCCUGUAUCUCAAUUUCAACAAUGAAGCUCUUGCAUAUGCAUGCAUGUCGGCCUUCAUCCCCAAAUAUCUAUACAACUUUUUCCUGAAGGACAACUCUCAUGUAAUACAAGAAUAUCUGACUGUCUUCUCACAGAUGAUUGCAUUCCAUGAUCCCGAGCUUAGCAAUCACCUCAAUGAGAUUGGAUUCAUACCAGAUCUGUACGCAAUCCCAUGGUUUCUUACAAUGUUUACCCACGUGUUUCCCCUGCACAAGAUCUUUCACCUGUGGGACACUCUGUUAUUAGGAAACUCUUCCUUCCCUUUCUGCAUCGGUGUGGCUAUUCUACAGCAGCUGAGAGACCGUCUGCUGGCCAAUGGCUUCAACGAGUGCAUCCUGCUCUUCUCUGAUCUGCCUGAGAUUGACAUUGAACGCUGUGUCCGCGAAUCCAUCAACCUUUUCUGCUGGACUCCGAAAAGUGCCACUUACCGGCAGCAUGCACAGCCAAACAAACCUGCCAAUGACAGUAACAGCUUUGGGAAAACACCCUCGUACUACUCUUCAGAAUAUCAGGAGCUGCCCAAAACGGACCUGAGCCGUGAGCCGCUGAAGCUGAGCGAGCUGAAAGCAGAAUUCUCUCCGCGUAUAUCUGUCGAAGAUCUCAUUGACCUGUGUGAGCUGAGUGGACCGGCAAACUUUAAAACCCCCGUCAGGAGGGCCAGGACUGGGAAACCCAAGAUCCUGGCAGUGGACAUCCGGAGCCUUGAGGACUUCAGUCGUGGUCACAUCCCAGGCAGCAUUAAUAUUCCAUACACCUCUACGUUUGGUCCAGAGGGAGAACUGCUCCAAUGCCCCACCGCCAGUACCCUUGCUGGGUAUAGAUUCCGUGUCAUCGUGAUCCUCAGCAACAUCAUGAAGAAUGCCACAACGUUUGCAGCUCAUCUAGUGAAGGUGAAUUUCCCUCGUGUUUGUGUCUUGGAUGGUGGAAUGAACAAAAUGAAGUCUACUGGCCUGCUUACCGUACCAUCACCACAGAUAUAACACAAUGUUUUGUUUGGGUUUAAUUGAAAUUGUCUCGUAAAGGACAUUCAUAUAGUGACACCAGGCUUAUAGAUUUUUUCUCUGAAUCAUGUCAAAGAGUUUAACUUAAAAAGUGAAUGACAAAACUGCAUUCAGUAGUGAUUUGUUCCUGCUGCAGGAAAUGUACUCCUGGGACCAAAUAAGUGAAUAAAACCAAGUUUGUUUGUUUUUUUCUUCUGUGGAACACAAAAGGUGAAUUUUAAAGACUAGCCAUUUUUUUCUCUUCAUAUAAUGACUCAUUUAGAAAUUAGUCUAAAGAAAUCACCAAGAAGUUCACCUUUUGCAUUGCACAGAAGAGAGUUUGGAAUAACACAAGGGUAAAUGAUGAACUAUACCUUUAAAGUGUUUCAUUUAUAAAAAAUAAAAUAUAAAGUUUCUAAAUGGAAAAUUAUUGCUUAAUUUUUAUUGUUAUUUUUAGUUUCAUUGUUUUGAUCGUUUUUAAAAACCAAUGUAGAGAAUCUUAAAAAAAAAUGUCUUUCUCUUUCCGUACUGAGACGGGCACAGAAAUGAAUAAAAUCCCAGGUGCUGUUUAUUGUGAAACCAAAAAUAAAUGGUGCACCAUAAUGCGGGACUUUUAACCACGAAUAAAUGUACUUAUU